CCGACCAAGCCCUUCUUCUUCUUCCUGUACAUAUUCAAUUAAUUGAUCGUCAUGUCAAUUUUUUUCUAUUCAUAAAUAAUACGCAUCAUAUUUCCACGAAAAUUUGAUGAAUUACUCUUCUCAUAUUGAUAAAAACAUUUAUUCAUCUGCAAAGUGUCUAGUAGUUGUGUGAAGAAAUUAUUAUCAAGAAAAUGUCGGGCACCCUCAAGCCUUACCUGACAGCAGUGAGACGUACACUCACAGCAGCUAUGUGUAUGGAGAAUUUUCAAUCUCAAGUUGUUGAAAAACAUAACAAACCGGAAAUUGAAGUUGGAAUUAGCAAAGAAUUAUUACUAACUCCAGUUAUUAUAAGUAGAAAUGAUAAAGAAAAAGUUCUGAUUGAGUCUAGUAUCAAUAGCAUGAGAAUAAGUAUAGCUGUUAAGCAAGUUGAUGAUUUGGAGAAAAUUCUCUGCCACAAAUUCACAAGAUUUAUGAUGAUGAGAGCUGAAAAUUUUAUGAUUCUGAGACGAGUGCCAAUCAAGGGAUAUGAUAUCAGUUUUCUCAUUACAAACAUCCACGUGGAGCAAAUGUAUAAACACAAAAUAGUUGAUUUCGUUAUUCACUUCAUGGAGGAAAUUGAUAGGGAAAUCAGUGAAAUGAAAUUGUCAAUGAAUGCAAGGGCUCGCAUUUGUGCUGAGGAAUUUUUAAAAAGGUUUUAGAGUAGCAAAAAAGUUGCAAGAAAUGAGAGUCAUUGGAGUCUGAAUGACUGCAUCAUCCAACAUGAAGGCAAAUUCUACAGUCAUUUUCACUCUUCCAAAUGGUAUUCUUGGUUUUUUUUUUUAUUCAAUUUUUUAAAAAAUAAUUUUCAUACUUUAAUAAUUAAUCAAUUAUGUAUUGCAUAAAUGAAAGGGUUGAUGGAGGAGGGUAUUAGAAAUAAAGAAUACGUGUUAAAGUAAACAUUUAA